AUGGCAGCUGGAUUACUCUGGGACACGGUCCUUAUCUUCUGGCGCAUGAUCAUCAACAUCUUCUUUAGAGAGAUCAGACCUAGAGGAGCAUUCAAUAUCCCUCGAGAUGGGCCCGUGCUCUUCAUCUGCGGUCCGCAUGCGAACCAGUUCCUGGACCCGCUACUGCUCUUUUCAGAAGUGCGGAAGGAGGCUCAGAGGAGGGUAGCGGUGCUCAUUGCUGCCAAGAGUAUGCAAAGGAAGUUUGUCGGUAUAGCCGCUGGCAUGAUGGACAGUAUCCCCGUGGCUCGAGCUGCAGACGAGGCCAAAGCAGGCGCCGGCCGGAUUCUCCUCUCUUCUACCGACCCCCUCAUUGUUACUGGUCUCUCCACGCAAUUCACCUCCCAAGUCAAGCCUCGGUCCCAGCUCGUCCUUCCCAAAUCUGGCGGAUACGCCACAGCGACGGUACACGAGGUCAUCUCCGAUACGGAGCUCAAGCUCAAGGGGGAAUUCGUGGUGGCUGGUAAAGACGCGAGUACGAACGUCAAGGCGUCGUCCAAGCUCAGGGAUCAGGGAGGCGAGGGGUGGCAGUACAAGGUGCUUCCAUAUGUGGAUCAGGAGGAUACAUACGGCGCGGUCUUUCAGCGCUUGAAUGAGGGAGGGUGUAUCGGGAUCUUCCCGGAAGGCGGCUCGCACGAUCGGACAGACUUCCUCCCCCUCAAGGCCGGCUUCUCUAUCAUGGCUCUCGGCGCCAUGGCCGCUAAUCCCUCCCUGGACGUCAAGCUCGUACCCGUCGGUCUCUCCUAUUUCCACCCGCACAAGUUUCGUUCGCGCGCAGUCAUCGAGUUCGGCCCGCCAAUAAGCGUCCCGCCCGAGAUGGUCGAAAUGUACAAAGCGGGCGGCGCGCGGAAGCGAGAUGCAUGUGGUAAGCUGCUUGAGCAGGUACAUGAUGGGUUGAGGGCGGUGACUCUGCGCGGACCAGAUUGGGAGACUAUGCAGGUCAUUCAGGCUGCACGAAGGCUGUACCGUACCCCCGGCCAACACCUCACUCUCGGCCAAGUCGUCGAGCUUUCGAAACGCUUCAUGGAGGGUUACCUGCACUACCAGCACGAGCCCCGCAUCAUCGAGCUCCGAAAACGCGUCAUUGCAUACAACAGACUUCUCCGGGAUAUGGGAAUCGCCGACCACCAAGUCGAGCGCGCGAGUAAUCGGAGCAUCAAGAGUCUGCUGCUGCUCGUAUACCGCACUGGCUUGUUGCUCUGGUGGGGACUGCUCAGUCUUCCGGGGGUGAUACUGCACGCGCCGGUCUUUAUCCUGGCGAAGCUCAUCAGUCGAAAGAAGGCAAAGGAGGCGCUGGCGGCAUCGACGGUCAAGAUCCAGGGGAGGGACGUGCUCGCCACCUGGAAAGUCCUCGUCUCGAUGGCGGUCGUCCCCCUGCUCUACGUCUCGUAUGGCGCCAUCGCUACCUAUCUCACCUAUCACUACGACCUCUUCCUCGGGUAUCAGCGCUACGUACCGCCCGCGCUGGUAUUUCUCAUUCUGCCUAGUCUGGGAUAUGCCGCAUUGAAGUUUGGCGAGGCUGGAAUGGAUGUGAUGAAGUCUUUACGACCACUUUUCCUUUCGAUUGUACCCAACCAACAUGAAGUCAAUAAACUCCGGCGGAUGCGCGAGGGGUUGACGAAUGAUAUCUCGGAGAUCAUCGAUGAGUUUGGACCUCAGCUAUACGAGAACUUUAACAAGGAUCGUAUGCUCCCCUCCUCCUCGGUGCCCCAGACAGGCCGACACCAGGGCCUCAUGUCGCGCAAGGCCCAGGCGUCCGAUUCGGUCCUCUCCCACCCCAUGCUGUGGCUCGACGAGCGGAUAUUCGGAUGGAACCGAUCGGCCGGGCUCGGCCAGUCCGUCUGGGGUGCCCCUUCAGCCGGUCUCGGUCGAGAUCGAUCUCGCUCCAAUCCACCUACCGCCCCCUCCUCCCCGGCCGAAAGUGACGACGAGCAAGAAGAGGCCGAUGUCGACUAUGACGACGUGCUCGCUGUCAUCGACAAUGGCCGGCGGUAUUCCGGGAGCAGUGCGGACGGGUGGCCGGAGAGUCCGCGGGGCGGGAGGAAGAGGGGCGGGAAGAGCUACGUGGAUAUGCAGAAUCUGCGGGAAGGCAGAGGGGAGGGGAGCCCGAUUGGGAUCAAGAUGUCGUUGGGGGAGGAGGAUGAGGGGAAUCGGCUGUUAUUGAGGAAGAAAGCGGAUGAGGCAAAGGGGUCGCCAUGA